UCAACAUAUACAUCCAAUGUCUAGUCAUUAAUUAGCCUUUUAGACUAUGUUUUCGUUCUUAUCUACUUGUUCUUCUUCGUCACCAUUCUCUGUAGUUCUAUAGUUGAACAAGUUUCUCUAGCAACGCCAAUGGAUAGUGAAUGGCGCCAGCUUCACCUGUUUUUCUUUCCAUACUUGGCCCCAGGCCACAUGAUCCCAGCCAUAGACAUGGCCAAGCUAUUUGCUUCGCAAGGUUUGAAAAUAAGCAUAAUCACCACUCCUCUCCAUGCUUCCCUGGUCUCCAAAACAAUCGAAAAAAGCAAAACUUUGGGGUUCAAACUGGAUGUUCUAAUCAUCGAAUUCCCUUCUGUCCAGGUUGGUUUACCCAAAGGAUGCGAGAGCUACAACAUGGUUACUUCACCUGAUUUGCGGAAGAAAUUCAUGAAGGCUGCCGCCAUGCUGGAGAACCCACUCGGAAAACUUCUUCAAGAACAUCGCCCUGAUUGCCUUGUGGCCAGCGCGUUGUUCCCGUGGACUACCGAUCUUGCUGGGAAAUUCGGCAUACCAAGGCUUAUUUUCCAUGCAACCAGUUUUUUCUCUGUAUCUACCUGUGAAUGUCUUAGGCUAUACGAACCCCACAAAAAUAUUCCAUCAUCAGAUUCAGAGCCAUUUAUCAUCCCCAACUUCCCUGAUGAGAUCAAGUUGACAAGAAAGCAGCUGCCGGAUUUAUUUACACGAAACGUUGAAACGGGUUUUACGAAUUUGUUUAAACAAGCUAUAGAAGCAGAGCUGACAAGUUAUGGGGCUAUUUUUAACAGCUUCUAUGAGCUUGAGCCGGCUUAUGCAGAUUAUUACAGGAAGGUCCUUGGAAGGAAGGCAUGGCAUAUAGGCCCGGUUUCACUUUGCAAUAAGGAGACUGAAGAUAAAGUACAAAGGGGAAAGGAAGCCUCCAUUCACGGCCACGAGUGUUUGGAAUGGCUUAAUUCCAAGGAACCCAAUUCUGUUGUUUAUGUAUGUUUUGGGAGUAUGGCAAACUUCAAUGAUUCUCAGCUAAUGGAGAUUGCAAUGGGUCUGGAGGCUUCUCAGCAGCAGUUCAUCUGGGUUGUGAAGAAAGAAAAGAGUGAUGGAGGAAAAGAAGAGUGGCUGCCUGAAGGGUUUGAGAAAAGAGUGGAAGGUAAGGGUCUGAUUAUAAGAGGCUGGGCGCCCCAGGUGUUGAUUCUUGAUCACAAAGCAGUUGGAGGAUUUGUGACUCAUUGUGGGUGGAAUUCGACGCUGGAAGGAGUGGCUGCCGGCGUGCCCAUGGUUACAUGGCCGGUGGCUGCCGAGCAGUUUUUCAAUGAGAAGUUAGUGACCCAAGUUUUGAGAAUAGGAGUUGGUGUUGGCGUUCAACAAUGGGCCAGAUUUUUUGGAGAUAGCAUAAGGAGGGAAGCCAUAGAGAAGGCGCUGCUUCGAAUAAUGGUUGGGGAAGAAGCAGAGGAAAUGAGAAGCAGAGCAAGAGAGCUUGGGAAGAUGGCAAACAGGGCUGUUGAAGAAGGGGGAUCCUCUUACUCUGAUUUGAAUGCCUUAAUUGACGACCUCAGAUCACACGCCAUUGCUGGUGAAGCAACCGAGAACAACUAGUUUUUCACUUAAUAUAUUUAUCCCUAUGACAUAUUUUUCCUGGCACUUGGGUUUCUUUUUUGCCAGCUUAUUAUCUGUUUGAGUUAUUUUCUUUGACUUUGUGUAUGCUACUACUUUUUCAGUUGGGUUUUUGCAAAAGAUUUAAACUUCCCCAAUAAAACUAAGUUAUUUUUGUAAA